GAACCCUCUAUAAACCCUAACUGCGCCUAGUCCUCCUCCUCCAUUUCUGCUCCCCUUUCCAUUCCUCAUAUCUCCUCCCCAGUCGCUCGCUUCAGAUAGAGACUCUCUCUCUCUCUCUCAACAAUGGCGAGUGGUAGUAGUGCCAUUGAGCCGAAGCACAAGGAAGAGGAAGAAGAGGAACCGACAGAGACGACAUCCGCGGCUGCGGCGGAAGACGAGGACACAGGAGCACAAGUCGCGCCCAUCGUCAAGUUGCAAGAAGUGGCGGUUACCACCGGCGAAGAAAAUGAGAACGUUCUUCUCGAUCUGAAGGCGAAGCUAUAUAGAUUUGACAAGGAGGGAAAUCAGUGGAAAGAGCGAGGCGUUGGUACUGUGAAACUUCUCCAGCACAAGAGCACCUCUAAGGUUCGCCUUGUUAUGCGCCAAUCCAAGACUCUUAAGAUUUGCGCUAACCAUCUCGUUAUUCCUUCCAUUUCGAUACAAGAGCAUGCUGGGAAUGAUAAGUCAUGUGUUUGGCACGCCACUGACUUUGCCGACGGAGAGUUGAAGGAGGAGCUCUUUUGCAUCCGUUUCCCUUCGGUUGAGAACUGUAGAACUUUCAAAGAGAAGAUUGAAGAAGUUGCUCAAGCCCAAAAUGAGAAGGCUGGAGAAAGUGAAGAAGCUGCCACAACUGCUGGCCUUCUGGAGAAAUUGAGCGUCGGGGAGAGAAAGGGUGACGAAGAGAAAAAGGAUGCUGCAGUGGAGGUGAAAAAAGAAGAGACUGUGAAGCAGGACAAUCCGGUUGAUGAGAAAUAGAAGGGCUGGUCGUGACCUGGAGUCUUGAAUGGUCGGCAGAUCAAGUAAAUUUCAAAAAUAUCGUAAAUUUUUAAUGGCAUGUGAUGAUACAUGUUUUAGUUUCUUUGAGGUGUGAGUGUGGCUCCUUGGGGCCUUUUUCGGGUGGGCUUGGAUCUCAAAUUUGAUCAGCUAUGCUUGCAGCUGGAAAAUCACAUUGGUGGUUCAAUAUUGCGACAAUAUUAUAAACUCCUCUAGAGCUGGUACAUUGUAAUAUUUGAGGAUAAUGUUUUUGUUGGGGCGUAUUACCUGUUUUGGCGAUCAUCUCUUAUAAAGUUUUAUAUAGGGUGUUAAUAUUC